CGAUACUCGUAUGGCCAGGUUUAUUUUGUUCUUUUCUCGUUUUCAUGCUUGUCUAUGAUUUUUUUCUUCAUUCAAGUCAUUUGCAAAUUUUAUAAUCUUAUCACGCAAUUUUUUUAUUGCAUAGUUGAGCUAAUUAAUAUGAAAUGAAAUGAAAUCUAUCAUUAUCAAUAGCAAUCAAAAAAUAAUGGUUAAAUGAUUGACCCAUUAUUCAUGAUGAACAGUUAAAAGGGCAUCGUUUCGAAUCAACUAUUGGCAAUAAAAUUGAAUUUUUUUAUGGUCGCUAAAACGAUGAAUAAAUUAAAUUCACAACCAUUUUCUAAAUCAAAUCCAGAUCAAUCAUCAUCAGCGACAAUGACUACAAAAAGCCAAAAAACAUCAAAAUCUGAUAUGACUUUAUCAUCGAAUGUUAAAUAUGAACAUCUAGUCGCCGGUAUAUCCGGAGGGGUAGCAUCCACACUGGCAUUACAUCCACUUGAUUUGCUCAAAGUUCGGUUGGCUGUCAAUGAUGGUCAAGUAGCAACUAGACCACAAUAUAGUGGCUUAAUUAAUGCUGUUACGACCAUAUUUCGUCAGGAAGGUGUUCGUGGAUUUUAUCGAGGUGUCACACCAAAUUGUUGGGGUGCUGGAACUUCUUGGGGUCUUUAUUUUCUAUUUUACAAUGCAAUAAAAUCUCACAUGUCCAAUGUCGGUGAUAUACAAAUGAAUUUGAAUGCUGGUCAACAUAUAGUGGCCGCAUCCGAAGCGGGUAUUAUGACCUUGGUGUUGACUAAUCCAAUAUGGGUGGUUAAAACACGAUUAUGUCUUCAAUACGGUGGUAUGAGCGAAAAUGCUGUCCAACCUACUAAACGCUAUAGUGGUAUGUUGGAUGCAUUGACCAAAAUCUAUCGUUUUGAAGGCAUUCGGGGCCUAUAUCGUGGAUUUGUACCAGGUAUAUUUGGUGUAUCACAUGGUGCACUACAAUUUAUGGCCUAUGAAGAAUUGAAACGAUAUUAUAUUGAACAUUAUGGUUUACGACGGGAAGAACGAUUAGGGACAGCAGCCUAUCUUGGUUGUGCUGCUUUAAGUAAAUUAUUUGCCGCAAUCAUCACAUAUCCAUAUCAGGUGGUACGUGCACGUCUACAAGAUCAAUAUGCAAAUUAUAAUGGCGUUGUGGAUGUUAUACGUCGUACUUGGAGGUACGAAUCGUUACGAGGAUUUUACAAAGGUCUUGCUGCCUAUCUACUUCAUGUUACACCGAACAUUUGCAUCGUAUUCAUUAUAUAUGAACAUUUUUCUCGGCCAUCUAAAUUGGAUUCGGUUGUUGAUCAUCAAAUGCCAUCAACAUCAUCAUCAUCAUCAUCAUCAUCAUCACCAUCACAACAACAAUCAUCAUCAACACAAUCAUUAUCAUCUUUAAUAGCCACUGAUAUUAGCGCUGUGGAAACAUCAUCUUUUGUAUUUGAUGAAUGAACAUUGAUCAAAUUCUUUUUAUGUGAUUACACCCUGUGUUAAAACACAAACAAACAAACAAAAAAUCGAACCAAAUCUCUAAAACAAAACAACCACAAUAAAUAGUGUGCGUAGGUUUUUGAUGAUGAUGAUGGCCGAAUUGAUUUAAACCUGUGAAAAUAUUCAUACAAUUGAUCGGAAAAUUUAAAAAUUCGAAUCACUGUUCCGUCCUAAUUAUUAUCUUAUUAAUCAAUUAAGCUUUAGCAAUUAUCCCUUUUUGUUAAUUUAUAUUUAUAUAUUAUAUUGUGAAUGUGUUUGCAGCAUUAAUAUUUUGUCGCUUUUUUUUAUCAUUGUUAAAAUUAUUAUAAAUGUGAAUAUAAUUGUUUAAAAUUAUAUAUAUAUAGUUAUUAUUAUUAUGGGCAAAAAAAAUUACGAUCACACACACACACCCUCACCUAUCUAAAUAUCUUAAGAUGCCUUUUUUAAUAUAAUUCCUUGUUCUUUAAA